GUAUGGUCUAACUUGGCUUUUCAGUUGACUUUGAAGACUAAAGCCCGUUAAUCUUAGAGCAACAAUUUGUGACUAAGCACGUCGUGGAGGCUUCAGAAUGAGAGGAGAGAGAACAUAACCGUGGUUUCACAGCCUCCAUUCCCCCCCCCACCUCACUUUUAACCUUGAGUACUACUGGACUGUACAAAUAAAAAUCUGCGCUCACUUUUAGUUUGUGAUUCCUUGGAUUAACUAAGACUGUCUCGUGCAACACCAUGUCAAGCAACAAGGUUUGAUCUCACAAACCUUUUGGAUACGAAGUCAGUGACACUUUUCUCAAAGAAUAGCAUGGAUCAGAAAGAAAGACUUAACAAGAUGGCUCACCUUGUGUUUAACAAAACUAACUUGGGGAAAUUAAAAGAUGGACUGUGUGUAUUCCUUGAUCUGUACAGCGAUGUUUUGAAUAAAGAAUUUGAAAAUGGCACCAGCUUCUCCCACGAUGAAAUUUUGGGAAGACUAGACAAAAUUGACCUCGAGAUAUGGCGACCAAUACGAAACGUGUUUCUAUGUGACCCUUAUUACGGUUAUAUGGAUGGAAACUUCUCAGAAGACGAAAAAAUGUCACCUGCCAAACUGAUGCUAGAUUGGUUGAAUGUAUUUGAUCAUAUAAACAUUGAGCUGAGGAGGAAACUAGAGACCUAUGAUAAUAUAGUUGGUCAAUUGAACAGAGAGAAAAACGCAUUCGAAAAUUCUUUGUCAAAGACCGAGGCUCUAUUACGAGAAGAAAGAACUUUUAAAAAUGGAGAAAGGACUCAAUUAAAAACAGCACAGAGCUCCGUAACUUACCUGGAAACUGUUCUGAGAGAGAAAAAUGAAAAAAUUGCUGAGCUACAAAAAGAGAAGAAUGUACAGCUUUGGGAAAGAGAGAAGGAACGAAUUUUUGCUGAGUCUGAUAAAAGACUGAGAAUACUUGAACAGGAGCUUGCUGACCAAAAACAUCAAAAUGAAAGUUUGACGAAAAGGCUAAAGCAAAUAGAUGACAAUAACAAGAUCCUAAAAUUACGUCAUGAAUUAGCCAUGGGGACAUUCUCCACAGCAGGCAGCAAAUCCACUGAAGAACUGAAAAGAAAUAUCUACCUCUUAGAAAAGGAUGUACUAUUCCUAGAAGACCAACUAUACAAUUUACAACGAACUUUUGCUACGGUGAUAUGUGGUCUCAAGACAGAUCUACUAAUCCUCGGAAAGAAUAGAACUGAUCCACUCAGUGGUCAAGAAACGGACCUGGAAUUCAUCAAUGUGUGUGACUUUGUCUCCCUUAUUUACAAGUCACUGAUGGAGGGAGAUCUAACUGAGGCUCAAAGGUCAUUACCUCCUCAUUACUCGUACCUGCCCAAUGAUUUUAAAAUUCGACGCAUAAGACGGGUGUCUCGACCAAAAACAACAGUACAUGCAGACGACAACGACGACAGCAGUUUACCUCCGUUACGUCCAAGUGGCCCAGUGUUAGACAAGUCCAGUUCCUCUCAACAAGAAGUUCGUAACGUAGAUAUACUUGGCAGUAUGGAGGAUGCGCCAGUAGUAGAGAACCCUUGUCUAGUUGAUCCAAUAGACAGACAGAUCAACACAACCGCCUGCAUGAGAUACUUCCCACAUAUGUCCAUGGACUUUAUCAAAGAUCAUUGGGAAAGGUUUCAAGAGUUUGAUGUGGAUGGCAAUGAAAGUUUAGAUUUCACUGAGGUGGUUAAAGCCUUGACAUCUAUGGGCCUGCAAUUUACAGCCCAGCAGGCAGAGGAAGCCAUGCGAGAAUCAGACAUUAACAAGAACCGAACCCUGGACUUUUAUGAGUACCUUCUUGUUGCUGACAAACUCUUCUCAAAGAAAGGACGUUCAGAAUUGUUCCACACAGGAGCUGCCAAAGACAACAGAAAAGUCAUAGCAAAGACAUGCAGUGUCCAGUGAGAGCAUCAUUCAACUUCUACCCGAGCCCGUGAUGUUUGGCAGUAAAAUUUGAGAAUAUUAUUUUAUUUCAUACACAUUUUACUUUUUAUUAGACAUUUUAAAGAAGAUUUAAGUUUGAUAAGAUAGCUCUCUCUUGUAGCUAAGUUUGAUAAGAGAGCUCUCUCUUGUAGCUAAGUUUGAUAAGAUAGCUCUCUCUUGUAGCUAAGUUUGAUAAGAUAGCUCUCUCUUGUAGCUAAGUUUGAUAAGAUAGCUCUUUCUUGUAGCUAAGUAUGAUAAGAUAGCUCUCUCUUAUAGCUCUUUUGGUUUCAUUAAGUCUAGCUGAUGAUUGGCUGCUGGAUUUGUAGGAAAAAUAAAAUGAAAAAGGUUUGAAUGUUGGAAGUUUUUGUACUUUU